AUGGGAGGUUGCAAAGAUAAUUGCAUUUUAUUAUUACAAAAUGAAUUGGCAAACAUUUAUUUUGAUAUUUACAGCAGAGCUCAUCAGUGGGCUUAUGCUUUUAUUGCUGAAAAAUUACCUAGGGGGAUUGUCCAGCAGUCUCAGUAUAUUUGAUAUUAAUUUCAACAAGGAAGUUAGCAGCUUUCCUAAACAUUUUAACUUCCUGCUUGAUGAAGAUUAUCAAAGUCUGGUGACCCGAGAGCCUCCUGAGCUCAACAGAGCUCUGGCCAAGAAAGAGUCUUCUGAUCUUGAGCAGAAAAAUGACUUGAAUGAAGCAGAGAGUUGCAUACGGGCCAGUGAGCGGCUCAUUCAAGUGGGGCGCUAUGAGAAGGCCGGCAAGUUGCUGGAGAGGGCUGUGGCUCUGGCACCUACCUUACCUCAGGCGCUGCUGGCGCUGGGGGAGCACCUGGAGCGGCAGGAGGGUGACCUGGUGCGAGCAGACCUCUUCUAUGUACGCGCCCUCAUGCUUGCUCCUGAUAAUCCCAGAGCCAUCAGUGUGCUGUACCAUCACCUCAGUGUGCUGUACCAUCACCUCAGUGCUGUACCAUCACCUCAGUGCUGUACCAUCACCUCAGUGUGCUGUACCAUCACCUCAGUGCUGUACCAUCACCUCAGUGUGCUGUACCAUCACCUCAGUGAUGCUCUUACUGGCCUCAGUGUAGCAGGCAAGGGCGUGGCAGAGCACACUGAGGUGCUGGGCGUGGCGUCGGCGCUGCGCUACAUCAACAGCUCGCUGCUGCACCGCGUGGGCGCCAUCACACUGCAGGACAUCCUCGACAUCCACCUGCGCGUCCUGGGCCACACCGACCCUCCUGCUGCCGGCCACCUCCGCACCUCCCAGGUGUUCGUAGGGCCGCACCUGCCCCCCGCGCCCCCGCGGCUGGAGGAGCUCAUGCAUCAGUUCGUCUCGUGGCUCAACGACCCUGCAUCCCUGGCCCUGCACCCCGUCAGGUACGCAGCUCUGGCGCACUACCAGCUCGUCUACAUCCACCCCUUCGUGGACGGCAACGGCCGCACCGCGCGCCUCCUCAUGAACUUCCUCCUCAUGCAGGCGGGCUACCCUGCCAUCAUCAUCCGCCACCAGGACCGCCUCGAGUACUACGACACACUCCAGGCUGCCAACGAGGGCGACACGCGCCCCUUCGUGCGCUUCAUCGCGCACUGCACGGAGAAGACGCUUGAUGUUUACCUGUGGGCGACGCGCGACGCCUCCAGAGCCAUCGACCAGGACCCCAAGCCUGCCAUACGCCCCGUCAAGGCGCUCCCCGGUUCAUCCCGCCUGCCUGAUGAUCUCCAGGACCGCUGGAAAAUGCCUUACUCACCGCCGGAUGUGAGCCAUGAUGAUAUUCAGGACCGGCGGAAAAUGGCAACCUCAUCGAUGGAUGUGAGCCAAGACGACGGCUUCCUUGACGCGGACGAAGAAGAAGUCGAACUGAUGCUUCUGGAUGAGCUGACAGAGAAACAACGCCUAUUCGAAGACAGUGAACAUUUAUUCGAGAGGAAUAAGCCACUUAUUGGUCAUGCUGGCGCAGAUCAUGAUCCAGCUGCAGGUGAGGGCAGGGUGAACAAAGUAGUUGCUCAGCCAGCUUUAGUCGAAGCACACAACGAGCUGCAAUAUAAACCGUCCGACAUAGCAAGUCGGCAUAACAUCGACUCAAAUAUUGACAAGAAAAGUUUGAAGCCCUGGAAAGUCUCUCUCGAAGAUCCUUUGCUCAUAGAAAACGCUCGGCUGGAUCACGCAGGUCACUUGUUCGUGCAACAAGACAGACAAGACGCGGCCCCUCAUCGCUGGCUCAGUGGCCAGGACCUCAGCGGCUCAGAUUACCAGCGCAGCUCGCGCUACUACAGCAGACACUACCUGCGCCCCGACGUCAUACACGGCGAGCAUGGGACGCCUCGGGGCCUCUAGGGGACGCUUGUUGCCUCAGGGCUCCUAAGGGAUGCAUUGUGCUCCAGUGCCUUGCAAGGGCACGCUAGUACCGCUAGGGCCUCGUAGCUCCUGUAGUACGCAUGACUCGUCUCGAGCCCUGGCGCCUUUCUCGACUACGUGUGUCGUUCAUCGACGACACCGUACACUUGGUGUGUUUAAUUGUUAUAGCGCGACAAAGUGACAAAUUCGGAUUAUUUUAACGUUCAAGUUACGAAUAUUAAUUAUUUACCGGGGCUAUCUAAAUAAUGUAUUAUUGACGAACUUACAAGCGGGUAAAUUGACGGCUUAUUCCGUAGAUUUCCGUGAGCGAUAUUCUAUUAGGUAUAAAUUAAAGUGUCGGAGACCAGUGUUUUAAGGCGCUUCAUGAUCAGAAAGUUUUUCAUUACAAAACUCAAUUAGUAGUAAUGAAGGUCAACGAACAAAAUAUUCUGUUAGGCAAUAGCUGAGAGGCCAAUUCGUAGCUCAGUGUUGUUCUAUCAGAAGCUCGGUGGUACAAGACGCCUGAGUGCGCUACACUCACAUUCACCAUUGCAACGAACGGUGAGAGAGCUUUAGUGUGAUCAUCAUUGAUACUGGAAGCUCGAAAUCGGCGUGAAUUUAAUUCCUAAUGCAAAAACAAAUCAAAUGUUUUUAAUUUGUUACUUGAAAGCAGGUGCGUCAAUGAUUGUGAGCCAUCUUUUCUGUAGAGAGACUCGCUCUCGCAGGUCAUGGGUUGGCUUAAGAUUCAAGUGAACUGAAGUUUUAUUCGCCGCACUAAAACAUUUGAUAAUGUCGAAUGUACUCGAGCGUCUUCAUGGCUGUGAUUUUAAAUGCUAUGUAAUGAGGCUUGCGAACUUUGUCCUGUUCCUUAAAAGCCUUUUUAUUGAAUCUUAUAUACGGUAAGUGGCUGGAGUGGUUCAUUUGUGCCUGGGUUCGUUGCUUGCAGCAAUGUGGAGCCUAGAGUGUUGUGGUUAGCACUGUAGGUGUUGUGUUUGAUCUAAGAUUACCUAGCAAUUACCUCAAAUGAGAUCUUCUCGUGGCAAGGGUACACUUCUUUUAAAUCCGCUCGUUUGUUUCUCGGUUCAUAACCAUGAUAUUCUAGUCUCUCUAUCUGUGAUAUAUUCCGUUGUAGGCUUUUUGAGUUAUUAAGUUAUUAUUUCAUAGGGCUUGAAUACUCACUUUAUUUGGUUACCCUUACGCAGUUGAACGAAUCACAUCAUUACCAGCGUUCGCUUGAAUUUAUGUCCCGCAACUAUUCGGAAUAGUUGCCAAGAUCUGAAUUAUUUAGCCCUCUUAUCUUAUCUGAAAUAUUUAGCCUUAGCCCUGUAA